UGGUAGACUUUCCUUUUUUUCUUUGUUUUAAAGUUAUCCACUAUCUGUGAUUAUGGAAUGUUACAUCAGUUGAUAAGUUGGUGCACUUUACACUUGUUUCUAUGCUGUUCUUGUAACAACUGUUUACCAAGAGAAGAUGCUUUUAUGAUUUGUUUCGGCAUUCUCAUUGCCACAACAAACUUUACUAGAUUGUCUUAUUGGAUGCUCACUGCUCAGAUAAGCCUCUCUCAUUUUCCUUUUAUUUUCUAAAUUCUCUUUAAGAUGAUAUAGAUUUACUACAUUAUUCGAUGAUUGUGGCUUAGAAAGCUUUUUGGGAAAUACAGCUUUUUUUUUUUUUGGGUUCUGUUUUCAUUCUUCUUUCCAUUCUCUUCAGUGCUGCAAAUCGAAGACUAUUAGCUAGGAGUAUCUUUCUUUUUUCUUUUUCACAAUUUUUUGUUGCUUGGACACUGGUUCUGCAUAUUUAUUGAAUUAUUAUGGUCCCUUUUCCAGGGAGCAGGGAGGUUCAGAAACUCAGAAAUGCUCCAAAUUCAGCAUCUGAUUUUAGUUGUUGCUUUAUCGGGACUGUGAAAGAAGAUUUGGUGAGUAGCACAUUGUUGUUUUGUCCUGAUGGGUAUGUAAGAUUUUAGAUGGAAGAGAAAACAAAUUUUGGGAGAGCAUUUGUUGAGAAUCAAGUUGUUUUUUCACUUUCUUUAUAUAGCUCUAUCUGAUCAAUAUCUGGAAAUUCCUUCAAUUGAAGGAGCGUUUAUCUAGAAUAGUUCAAUACUGUUGUUAAAGAUGGAAUCUAAACAAGGUACACAGAGUGUCAUAGCAAGAUUAAUGGGUCUUGAUGAGCUGCCACAUAAUCAGCCUGUUCAGAAAAAGCAAAGAGUGCUUUCUGAGAAUUAUCUAAGGAGAGUUGCUUCUAUUGGUGUAAGAGAGAAGUGCCACUCUUUCCGGUUGAGCUUUGAAGAGGAUAAAGAAUUUAUGGAUGCAGUUGAAGCACUAGAAAAAACAAAAAUAGAAAAGGAUAACAAUCUUUCGGUUAAAAAGGGAAAAGGUAUCUCAUCUUCCUUAGAGGCAAAUAUGGCAUUCAUGAGCCAAAAAUUUGUAGAUAAGAACUCAGUGGAUAUGCAGCUUCCUUCUUCAAAGGGAGGACAGGAUGCACUGGAAAUUGAGGAUUGGAAAACGAACCUGUCUGCAAUAGAUCUCAGGGAACCUGAUUCUUUGAUCACCAAGCAUUGCCAUGAUCUGCAAGGUAUUCAAUGCACUUCUCAAUCUAGGCACAUUAAAGUCUUGAACUCAUCAUAUGCUUCUUGUUCUCAAAAGACUGAUAUAUGCAAUAAAUCUGGGAGGGGAAUCAAUCAAGGAAUUGUGAAAAUGCCUCAGAAACUUGGUCUUGGUAAUAUAGACAAGUUUGAGAGAUCUCGAAUGGAGUUGGAGAAUGGAACACGCCUUUCCCCAACAAAGAUUGUUGCUAAUGUGAAUUUUUAUGCAAUUAGGAUGAAGAAAAAGGAAUUUCAUUGUCCUCAAAAACGGGAUACAUAUGUUGAUGAGCAAGAAAGGAAAAAAUUGGCCAAAGAUGAGGAACCUCAUAGACUGAUUUCCCGACAAAUGUGGCAUAGCGAAAAUAACUUGUCCAGAAAGGCAUCAAUGUCAGGAAACAGAGAUAGACUUACAGAAGAGUCUGGGCUGAUGUCAUUUUCUUCCCCUAGUUCUUCUUACUGGAAAAAUCAAUACAGGCUCUCAUUUUACCAUUCGGAUAGGUCUUAUGUGGCUAGGCAAGCGAAGAAGGAGAUCUUAGAAAGAUGGAAAGCUAAUGAAAAGUUUCAAGAAGUUGAAGUGGGUGAUAGGCCCAAAACUCUGGGUGAAAUGCUUGCCAUUCCUGAUCAUGAAUCAAGGCCCAGAAGUUUGGACAUCAGGCUUGGUGGGCAGAACAAUAGCAGCAAGAUUGGUCUUCACAGUGACCACUUUGCGAAGCCUCUGGAAUCUAGUAAUUGGUUGAAACAGAGAUUUAGAAAGCAAGGCCAUAAUCAGAAAGAUGGUUUGAAAUGUAUAAACUCAGGAUCCAACUGCAUUAAGUCUGGAGAUAGUUACUUGGUGCAAGAUGAUCAGGUGCUCCAGAUUGAGCUGAAAAGAAAAUUAGAGGAGAAAGAUCCAUGUGAAAAAUUGUCCGUGGUUUUUAAUUCUUCAAGUUGCAAUGUUAUUUGCCCUGAUUCAGAACAUAGAUGCACCAAACAGGAGAGUUUGGCCAUUCAGGAAGAGUUGAAGAACAAGAUUGAGGAAAAAGAUUUGUCUGAACAGAAUUGUGUUGUCACUGAGUCUUCAGCAUUCAGUGUUGCCUCUGAUAGUAUGGUUUCUGAAAUGGUGACUGAUGAAGAAAUUGAGUCUGUGAGUAGGUCUUCUGAAAAUCACAGGGAUCAGGAUUUUGAACCCACAGACAGCACCUCAUUGUUGGAAGAUUAUGAUGAUUCUUAUCAAGUUCCAGAUACCUUGAUUCAACAGGAUAUGUCAUUCGGAAUCCCUCAAGAAGAUUCUUUUUCUUCAAUAUGCUCUUGCACAGACUUUGAAUCUCUUGUGAACUUGGAGGCAGCUUAUCAGCCUAGUCCAAAUUCAGUGCUUGAACCACCAUUUGAGAAAGAGAUUUCAUCUAGCGCUGAAUGCUUUCAGGGUGCCAAAACUGAUAUGCACAGUUUGCAGCUGCAACUUGAACUAUUAAAAUCAGAGUCCUUAGAAGCAUACUCUGAAGGAGGUGGGAUGAUUGUGUCAAGUGAUGAUGAAUCUGAGGAAGGAUCAAUACACAAUUGUAGGGAAAAUGAGAAGUUCAUGAGAAUAAUCAAUGUCGAAGAGAGCAGGGAUUUCUCCUACCUUGUCGAUGUCUUUACUGAGGCAGGUUUUCAUGGUGAAAACUCAUAUCUGGGCUGUGAGACAUGGUAUUCUUCCGAAUUCCCAAUAAGCCUAGCGGUUUUCAAGAUUCUAGAGAAGAAGUAUGGUGAGCAGAUGUCUUGGAAGAGGUCAGAGAGGAAGCUUCUGUUCGACCGUAUAAAUUUAGAGCUGGUUGAUAUUUUCAACACAAGCAUUGGGAUGAACUGGGCAAAACCUGUAUCCAGAAGACUUUGCUUUAUGAAGAGCAUUGAGGCAGUUGAGGAAGAGCUGUGGAAUUCGCUUGUUCAUCAUGAUAAGCAAGCAAACAGGGAUUCCCCUGUGAAACUGUUGGGCCAGGAUGAUGGAUGGUUAGAGUUGGGAGAUGAUAUUGAGGUAAUCGUUACAGAUAUAGAGAGUUUGUUGAUUGAUCAGUUAGCCAAAGAGGUUGUUAGCAUUGAUAGUUAUUUAUAGGUAUUGCUUGUGUUUAUGGCAGUUCUAGCAGACCUUCAUAUUUGUUUUAUCAGUGCCACGAGAGUUUUUGCAUGCAUAUAUACAUUUUUUUGUCAGAUCAUAUAGAAUCAGAACCACAGGAUAGCAAGAGAGAGAGGCUUUUUUUAUUC